GUUGUCCAUCCGUAUUCGGCGUCUGCCUGAUCUUCCGCCAUCGCAGCUCGGCAUGAUAAUGGUAAUCACGCCUUCACCCCACAGGUUGACGGUAUUCGCCAUGUGGCAGCCAGCUUGGCUGUCGUGCUCACUACCCUGUCCAUGCUCAGCGUUGAGAUUAUCUGGCGUGAGUCUAGAGCUCGGCAUGAGUUGCGCACAAAGUUAACAUCAGCCUUGUUUCUGCGCUGGGACCAAGUUGUGCGAGUGUGGACAUACAUAAGGUUGCAAUAACGCAUGCAAUGCGAUGAGGUAUCGAAGAGCUUAACGUCGUCCAGUCCCAAUGUCUAUACCAAGCAAGGACCGCAAAUGGUACCAGAUACGUUGGUUUCAGGACUAUGAUACGCCAGAGGAGCGUAAGCUGAUUGCGAAACUUGAUUUUCUAAUCGUGCCUUAUGUAUUCUUGGCCUAUUGGGUCAAGUACAUUGAUCAAGCCAACAUCAACAACGCCUACGUAGCUGGCCUCAAAGAAGACCUUGGCUUUCAAGGAAAUGAGCUGGUGCGCCUCCAGACAAUGUAUGUGGUGGGGACAGUAGUUGGCCAGUUGCCGUUCAUGUACCUGUUCACACGCAUUCCCAUGUUCUACCUGAUACCGUUCCUUGAUGUAGCUUGGGGUAUAUUCACCCUGCUUCAAUACCGAGUACACUCGUUUGCAGAGUUGGCAGCGUACAGGUUCUUGGUGGGCUUGUUCGAGGCUGCCUUCUUCCCCGCUAUUCACUACAUCUUUGGUUCUUGGUACCGUGGCGACGAGAUUGGUCGUCGUGGUGGUUUCUUCUACGUUGGCCUGACCCUGGGUACCCUCACUGCAGCUUUGAUCCAGUCUGGGGCGACAUCACGGUUGGAUGGCGUCCACGGUCUGGCUGGAUGGCGGUGGAUGUAUAUCAUAUGCGCUAUCAUCACCAUCCCCAUCGGUCUUCUUGGACUGUGCGUCCUUCCUGGUACGCCUGAGAAGCCCAACAAACUCGUUUUGACCGAUCACGACGUCGAGCUCGCGAAACACAGACUGCAGCGGGCUGGUCACAGUGUGAAGGGCGACGUUACCAUUCAGACGUUUGUCAAGAUCGCCAAAUCACCACUCGUUUGGGCCUUCCUGUUGCUAGAUGUCUUUUUCUGGAAUGGUUCCCUCAACACGUCGUCCGGAGGCUACUUGUUAUGGCUGAAGAGUUUAAAUCGGUACUCUAAGUCACGGAUCAACGAAUUGGGUGCUAUUCCGCCAGGUCUGGGAAUCUUCUACACGCUGGCCGUUUGCUUCGCUUCGGAUUUGUUUCUAGGACCUGCGUGGGCUAUUACAGUUUCUCAUAUCUGGAACAUCAUCGGUGUUAUAAUUCUCACCAUCUGGGACCUGCCGGAGCCAGCCAUAUGGUUUGCUUUCAUGACCACAUACUCAGCUGUGGCUAUGUCAAGCGUAUUGUAUGGAUGGAUCAACAGCCAACUUAGCUAUUCGCCAGCAGAACGAGCAGUUGCGUUGGUGCUUGCCAAUACUUUGGCGCAGUCUACCACUGCGUGGACUCCACUCUUGGUUUUCAAAACCGUGGAGGGGCCCAGGUUUCCAAAAGGAUGGGCUUUCGUGCUUUCGAACGCUGUCUGUCUGAUCAUAUUGGCACACGUCAUCAAAGCGUAUAUCAAGAAGAAACCAAGCAAGCAAGGAGCUGUGUCGGACGACGAAAGCGUAGGCUCAAUUCAAGAGACGGUCCAUGCGCAUAACCCAAAGAUUUUGCCCGUUACAGAAGGUCCAGCCUGAGUCUCAUAGAGCGAAGAAUAUCUUGCUCAGCCUCCUGUACUAUUUAUUCCGCCCUCGUCGGAAACCACGUGGCUUCACUACCUUUGGAAUCUUUGGACACGGCUGGGAAAGGCCUAACGCAUCUAGAUGACAACUAAAAAGCACACACUGUGAACUCCAAAUAUAAACGGAAGUCUCAUGUUUGCAUAUAUCUGUAUAAGCUGCUCAUGACUCUGGGACUUCUGGACAAAUUCUUGUGCAGACGUCAUCAAUCCGUGAUGCCCGUAGUUAGUGCGCUCUUUACCGCUCAAGCCUUAUGUACCG